CCAGCCAGCCUCUCGAUCUGAAGACAAUCAUGUGCGUCUUGUGAGCGGAUUGUCCGAAAUCUCAAGGUCUGUCGCCUCUGCUUGCUUUGAAGACCUUGGGCAAAUAGCAAGAGUCGUGAGUACCUCAAUGGAAAUUCUGAAAAGCGCGGGUUUGGCAUACACUGGUUCGAUUAGGAGCACGGAAUUAAGGAUCUGUGGAGGGAAGACGGUGCAACGAAGCACGGGUAGGCAGAGUGGUCAUUCAAACACGCUUCCAACAACCUUUACCAUCAUAAGCAACAUCCCCAGCAAUGUCGUUCUCUUUGGCCGGUAAGCAAUUCAUCAUCACGGGCGCUUCGCGCGGCAUCGGUGCCGAAAUUGCCUCGGCGGCCGCCGCCAACGGAGCCAAGGCCCUUGUGCUCGGGUACCAGUCCAAUCGCGAAUCAGUGGACAAGGUUAUCAGCAAGCUCCAAUCAGACAAGGCCACCUCGUCCACAGCUGUCCAUGCCGUUCAAGGAAAUCUUGUCGACCAGAAGUCCUGCUCCCAAUUCAUUGAGGCGGCCCUGAGUAAGUUGGAGGGCGGCAAAGUGGAUGGCUUGAUCCUGAGCGCUGGCGUCAUGGAUAUGGUGUCCUUGGCCGACUCUACCGAUGAGAACCUCGCUCGCCACUUUGACACCAACGUCAAGGGCACGCUGUUCACCAUUCAAGCUGCUUUGCCCCACAUUGUCAACGACGGCCGCAUCGUCACCUUCAGCACGUCCGUCACCGUCUCGCCGCAGGCACUCGGACCAGGCUACCUGCAGUACACCAUGUGCAAAGCAGCCAUCGAGCAAAUGGUCAGGGUCCUGCAGCGUGACCCGACGGUAGGCGGACCGGAUCGCCGCAUUGGAAUCAAUUGCGUCGCUCCAGGAGCUACAGCCACCGACCUCUUCCUCAACGGAAAGUCGGACGAGUUGAUCAAGAAGAUUGGCAGCCUGAUGCCAGAAGGGCGCAUCGGCCAGCCCGACGAGGUGGCACAAGCCGUCCUUUUCCUCUUGACGCCAGCGUCAAACUGGGUCAAGGGACAGCUGCUUCGCAUUAAUGGCGCACAGACGCUGUAAAGCCGGCACGCCGUGUGGUUUUGUCAAUGACCAAUCUAUCUGGGUCCUUUCCGAUUUCCCUCUUUGCGAAAAUUUUAAAUUUUUUGGUUCACUC